AUGGCUCUUCCUCCGGGACCAGGUGCUAGGAUCGUAGAUGGUCCUCCCGGAUCCAACCCGGGCGGUGUACCUCCUCCAGGAGCUGUCCUCAUCCCAUCGGGCGGACCCGGUGGACCUUCAGUCGCGGGUCAUCACCCUCAUCAAGUACAAUCUGCUCAUCAUCAGAUUCACGACAAUGGCGCGCACGACAAGAUGGCCUCGUUAUUGAACGAAGUUCGAUCGGAGUACGAGGCGAUGCAGACGGAUUGCAUGGUCUUGAAGGGCCAGAGGGACGAAUAUGAGAACAAGAUCAAUCAGCAGAUUCAGGAGAUUGCGCUCAUUAGGCAGGGUCUCUAUGAACUCGAGGCUCAGCACGCGAAAAUUAGGGGCGAGUACGAUGCGGAGAUCAAUCGAUUACGAAGAGAAUUAGAUCACGUUCGUGCGGGUCCCGCUGGGAAUGGCGCCCCUCCUCCCGUCCCCGCCAGUGCGACCAGCGCGAGUGGAGUCGGAACCUUGCCCAGUUUUCUGCCUGCGCCUCCUGGAGGGCCUUUGCCGCCCAACCCUGCCGAUAGGGAACGGGAACUCGAGCGAGAGCGACAGCGGGAGCGCGACAGGGAGAGGGAGCGUGAGCAUCGUCUACCUCCCCCUACCGCAAGCGGUGCUGCCGCUACUUCCGUCGGUCGACCGACUCCUACACCUGCCCCCAAGUCUCCUCCUCUCAUGUUAUCCGAGUUGGACCCGGACACGCUUCCUAGGGAUUUCAAAAAGGAAGGUCAAGGAUGGUCGGUGGUUUGGAACCCCAAGACAAAGAAGCAGUUGGAAAUCGCCCCGAUCCAUACUUUGGUACACGAAAGUGUCGUUUGUUGCGUCAAAUUUUCGAAUGACGGGCUUUUACUCGCGACAGGAUGCAACCGGACUGCGCAGAUCUUCGAUACCAAGACCGGAGCAAAGACGCACAUCCUGUCGGACGAAACCGCAUCCCAGGCCGGAGACUUGUACAUUCGAAGCAUCACCUUUAGUCCCGACUGCAAAUACUUGGCCACCGGGGCUGAAGAUCGUCAAAUCAGAAUAUGGGACAUCAAGACGAAGCGUAUUCGUCACCUGCUGCAGGGUCAUCAACAAGAAAUCUACUCGCUCGAAUUUUCUCGGGACGGCGGGUUCAUUGUUUCUGGUUCGGGUGAUAAGAGCGCCCGGAUAUGGGACAUGGCCACGGGCAGCUGCGUGUUUGAUUUGAGGAUCGACGAUGUGGUACAGGGUGAAGUCGGUCCGAUUGAUGCUGGAAUCACUUCGGUCGCUCUCUCACCGGAUUCCAGGCUCGUCGCUGCUGGAAGUCUGGAUACCGUGGUGCGAGUUUGGAGUACCGUCACCGGACAACAGAUCGAGCGUCUCCGGGGUCAUAAAGAUUCCGUGUACAGUGUCGCUUUCUCGCCUGACGGGAACAGUCUCGUGUCUGGGUCGUUAGAUCGAACUCUUCGUGUCUGGGACCUUUCGGGAACGAAACGGGCCGUUUCGCAAAACUUGAAGGGUGGCCAGAUCGUCAAUAGCUCGGGUACAUGCGCGCAUACCUUGAACGGUCACAAAGACUACGUUCUGUCGGUCGGCGUGACCCCUGAUGGUCAAUGGGUCGUCUCGGGUUCAAAGGACCGCAGCAUUCAGUUCUGGAAUGUGGCUAGCGAACAAGCUCAUCUCAUGUUGCAAGGUCACAAGAAUUCAGUCAUCUCGAUCGAUUUGGCCAAGAGUGGCAACAUGUUAGCAAGUGGAUCUGGAGAUUGUCACGCUCGGAUCUGGAGCUACAAUACUCCGGCCUAA